GUUGACAUUACUUGACAUCGCGCAGCGCGACGCGUGUUGCGUGCUAUCUAGCUCGAGUGACAGGUGGUGCUCCAAUCCGUACAUACAUUAGUCGCUUACGCGAGAAACGCGAUUCGCAGGAAGACAUCGUCAACGUUUGUAAAGUGUGGUGCGACGCCCUACGGUAAGGGACACCAAGGGACACACACGUCACGAGUGAAGAAGAGGAGGAGUGAGGAAACGUCAUCGCGUCUUGAAUAGAGCCGCAAGUCGUUAUUUCGACUCCCACGAACACCCGUCCAAAUCGCCGUGACAUGCACGCACGAUCGGUGCGUAGCUGCUCCUAGGUGCUUCCCGUGUGUCAGGUCCUACGAUGUAUACCACGUAUUCGUGCGACGACUUACCCGGGAGAUUCAGCUGUAGAAGAGCGUAUUCGAGAUUACUCUCCGGCAGGCCAGGCAAAAAAACGCAGGGAUUUUCGUUUCUCAUCCGGUGCUGGGACAAGGUUGGUGGAUCUAUAUGGGGCAAUGCGUGUCUCGUAAGGCGGGCGCCGUCGUCGCAGCAUCCGGUCAUCACAAUUCGCCUUCGUACCGUAUCAUGGACAAGGCCCAGAAACAGGGCGAUCUACGGGGUUCUUCGAAGCGCGGCACGUCACACACGCGCGGCACCGCGAUGUCUUUCGGCUUCCGGCGAAGGCCCACUAGCGGAAUUCCGAUGCCGAUAACGAACUACGCCGCCGGCACCGUCACCGAGAAGAGCAUGCUGCAUCCGCGAUCGAAGUCGGCCGGCCCGGAACAGAAUCGCAGACGGGCGAUGGACGACGACAACAGCAACGCGAUCCAUAAUUCGUCGUCUGGUCGGUCGACGCCGCGACUGGCACCGCCGAAGAAGGACUCGAACGGAACCGGUGUCAGAACCAACCGUUUCGGGUAUCGGCAGCCCCAGACGAGAUUCACGAACAAGGUUGGCGACAUCUGCAGUAGUCACAAUAUCAGCCACUAUAAUCAGGAGAAGCUGCAACAACAUCAACAGCAGCAAUAUUAUCAGCAACAGCAGCAGGAAAACUAUUUUGUCAAACAACAGCAGCCAAAUAGGGUCGCGCACGUGCAGCAACAUUUGUGCAGCACGACGGCGCCGACGAAGCCUCGCUCGUCGCCAUCGAAUAAUGCGGCUUACGGCGGCGGUAACAAUACGAUGAUGCAGUAUGUGGACGCGAACAGACGAGUCUUAAGCAUUCCUGAACCCAUUAGCAGGUAUACUCUGCACACCAGUCACCUGCCGCUUCCGCAGUUCGCCGUGCGGGUAAGCGAUUCUAACUCCAAGAUCGCCAAGACAGCAGCGAAUCAAAGCAGGAAGAUAUCCACCUCGAAAGGUUCGUCCAGUUCGAAGGAGGGCUCAGUUACCGAAGAUUCGGGCGUCAGCAGUCAGCCGGCUGGUCCAGAAGACGACAGAAUCAGGUCGAUGGAUUACGUGGACGAAAACUCUCUGAGAAGACGCGGCGUCGGUAGACCGAGAAACUUGCGUAUGGUGGUAAACGGCAAAAGCUUCGACGUAAGAGACGUCCGAGACGACGACAGCACGGUCACGGAAAUUUCUGUGAUUCCGUUGCCCAAGUCGUUCGCGACCGCUGCAGCCAAUCUGAAUACCGGAUUUGUACGCGAACGAGCUACACAGUUUCAACGGAUCGUGAAUAAGGACAACAGGUACACCGACUCGACCGCGUCAAUGUCCACCACGUCCUCAGAGGGAUACGAGGAGGGUUGCUUGAGCGAGGAGAAAGUCUACAAAGAUCGUUCGCGUACGGAGAAAAUCCCGUCCAUAAAAUCGGACUUUAGCCCGCUAAGUUCGGACGAUCCCGAGUACGGUCAUGGUGAAGCCAUGGCGGACGAGUACUCGUUGAGCUCUAGCGACGAGUGCCAGCGUUCCAACUCCAUCAUCGUUCAGCACGCGCAAGCGAUCACCGCCGCUACGAAGAGCAGCGCGGCGUCGAAGAACGCUCUGCGUUCGGUGCUGCUCACCAUCGAGGAUCCGGCGUUCGCUGCCGCCGCUGCUACCACGACUACUCUGAUAGACGACGAGACCUCGCCGGUUGACAGUCUAUUCGACAGCCCCACCGCUAGCAUCACCCAGUCGGAUGGAAAGCCCUCGAACAGGGACGAGGAACACGCUCUAGAACGUUCGGACAAUACUCUUGAGGAUGAUAGUCCCGGCACGCCGACGAACGCCUCCAACUCGCUCAGCCUGUCCGAGGGUAGAGAGUUCUUCGACGACGAGAUUGCAGAUCAGCCGGGAUUGAUCUUCGAUGACAGCAACUCGAGGGCUAGAAUCGAGACGCAGUCCGCGAUGGGGAAUCAAGUAAUCACCGAGAAUAGCCACACUCUAAUUGAGACGAGCUCUAAGACAGGUGGUGCGCACGUCAAGGGUGUAAUAAAUAGUCCCCAUCACGGACAGCGUUUGCAUCGAACGGGAAGUGUAGAUACUUUAUCCCCCUGCGAAUCCAUCGCCUCGGAUGAUUUAAUGUUGGAUUAUGAUGGCAGUGACGCUAGUUCUUACGAAGAACAACAGCGAUUAAAUUCUAAUACCGCGUUGCACGAUCUGGAUGACGCCACUAUAAUUUCCGAGCUGGAAGCUCAGGGCGAGGAAGUGAUGAGGCAGUGGAGCUCGUUGCUGAGCACCGCUCAUAUGCAAGACGAAGCGAAUUCCAAUUCCGCUAACAACAAUUCCGUCAACAAUGCAGUGGGCAACAAUAACAAUCAGGCCACCAUCGAAUCUGGAAUUGGAAGUGACAGGAUGUCAAGGCUGUUACGCAGUAGAUCCGGAACAGAGUCACCGCGUUCAUUAGACAACAUGUGCAAUCGUCAAGUUUCUAGUCCUAUGAGAACGUCGGGAAGUGUUUCAUCCUCGUGCGUCGAUUCCGGGGACGAGUCGAGCCUCAGGAUAGAUCGCGGAACGUACCAGUACAUGUUCCAGGACAUUGUCUCCAUCAAGACGAUGCUUCUGAAACUCAAGCGAGUCCUUCAGGAGUCAGGGGAGAACGAUUUGACGAGGGCAGAAACUCUCAACCCAUUCGAUAAUCCAAAGAAUGGCCUCUUCUGUAACCUGAACGAGGGUGGUACUACCGAUGUGAGCACAUCACCGGGAAGCGGUGGUAACAGCAUCGCGGACGAAUUGACGGACUUAAGGAGGCAGGUGGUGUUUCUUCAGGGUCAAGUGGAGGACCGAGAUCGUACCAUACAAUCGCGGGAUCGCACCAUCGAGCUACUUGAGGUAAAUAACGAGCUCCAGAUAUCGAAACUUCAAGGACCUAAGAACGGCGACACUCAAAGUUGCAUCCUACCGACGCGCAAUAACGACAUUUCCGUGGAUACGUGUAACGCUACAACGCAAACGGAGAAGACACGUCCAGUAUCGGCGGGACCCUCGCUCCUACAAUCACUCCCACAGGAUGGUGUUAUGGGGCCUCUCGUUAGUUGGAGUGACUCGUCGGACCGUCAGCGACUUUCGAUGCUCUCCGAGCUUAAGUCCGCCGGGAGCCCUCGCAAGCCAACCGAACGUUUACCUCAUACGUUAAGACUCCGUCAGGAACAGAUCCCGACACGUCGCACCAACGCGCACGCGAGGAGACACUCGUCGGAGGCACUCGUGUCCGGCUCGUUCACCAAGCCGAAGGAUUGCGCGAAGUCGCCGUGUGAUUCUAACGACGCGGAACAACGCGAUGUCAAGGUAGAAGGAAACACGAUCAAAUCCCUUAUUCCGACGCCUAGGAAGCUUCGGCUUUAACGAGAGGGGACGCGUCGAUGCUCCGUUAUAUUAUCUUGUCUAUGUAGCAACGUUUCUUUCGUUCCAGACGUCCGAAUCCCUGUCGAAGAACAGAAAAUUCCACAAGACAGAUUAAUCAUAAAUAUAUUAUUCGAUUCACAUAUGAAACUUAUAAUUUUUCUUCUGAUAAAUCUUGUUUAAAUCGACAUUAAACCAGUAUUUCAACUAUAUCUAUUAUAUAAAUUAUUUAUUGAAUUAUACGAUCUCUCUGUAAGUAACGCGAUUUAAUUUAUUAUUCGUCGCGUCUCGACCGUGAUUCGGACGUCCAAAACCGAUCCACCAAACGAUCUCUCGUUCUUGUUCGUAAUUAUAGUUUUACCGCGCACCGCAAAAUUCACGUUCCUUGUAACGUGUAACGAUGCCGUUACGCGCUCGUCUGAUAUAAUUUGCCGCCGUACUUAUGUGACGUACUUGUGUAGAGAGUGUCGAGCGCGAGAGAAGUCAUCUAUUCCUGGGCGGAUAUUUCGAGCAGCAUAUAAUUCGUCGCGCACACGUACAAGUGUGCACACACUUGUUAAUAUUAAAGAUGAUAUUAAUCACCUCAUCUAAACUCGAGUGCAAAAUUAGAGAUUAACGAAUGAUCUGUAUCGCAAAAAAUCGCUAUAUCUAUUCGACGAUCGGUUAAGAUCUGCGGCAGAAACAUGAGAAAAAUAAUAAAUUAUACAUAUGUAUGGAAUUUUUCUCCGAACAAUUUGAUCUUGGCAACCGGAAAUAUAAAAACUCUAUACGCCUUUCAGUUUGAAUAAAAUUUCAAAGGCAGAUAUACAUAUAUGUAUAUUUAUUGAAAAAGGAUUUUUGUAAUAUAAUUUACUGUAAAUAUGAAAAUACAAAAUUUAUUUCAAACAUUAUAUCAACAAACAAUUAUAAUCGAAAAAAUUAAUCCAGUUUUUCGAUGAGAUAAAUUUAGAAUUUUCGGUCAAUAUUUCCUUUCGACGCAGACAUCGUACACAUGCGAAUGUUCUAAAAAACCUACAACUUUAUCAUUUUUAUGUAUAUAUAUUAAAAUUUGUUUUCUCUAUAAAGAGAGAGAAAGAGAUUUGUUAAAUACACAUUAUACUUAUAUAUAUAUAUUGCUGUGCAUUUAUAUCAGGUGAGUUUUCUCUCUACAAUUACGUCACUCGCUGUGAUUCAAUUAAGAAGAAAAAAUUAGAUGCAGUUAAUUAUUGUUUAUAACGUCACGUGUAAAAGUAUAUUGCGAUUGAUUUAUCGGCGAUAUUCAAAUAUUACUAUUAUAUACGUUUGAAUAAUUUUGAGGAGAAGCGGAAAUCACAUCUCUCGUGACGGAUUUCAUACGAUCGUAAUUAGUAAAGCUAGGGUACUAUGUAAAUUCCACAUUUGUCGCUUUAAUUUAUUGCGUGUUUGGUAUGCGCUUGGUGCUAGUAAGUCUGUAUUCGAUGUAUGAUAUUUAGUCUCUCCUGUCUUUCAUAAGUAUAUUCCAGCGUAUUUCUCGCGAAAAUAUGUAUUAGCAUGUAACAUUAUGCGCAAUAUUGCCAAUAGGUUCAAAAGUAUUAAAACAGUGCGCCAAAAAUUUAACUUCAAAAAAAUUUACUCGCAAAUUAAAUCGAGACGCAUUAGAAAUAUAAAGUGCUCGUCCAGAGGAAAGAAUGUGCAUUGCCAUUAUUCUUCAGUAAUAUGGAGAAGGUCAGAAAAAACUAAAUAUCAUAUAUAAUAAUUGUAUAUUCAUUUGUUUAUAUUUUAAUUUAUACGGUGAUUGUAUGCAAAAGAAGAAACGGAGAGAAUGAGAGAGCUAGAGUGAAAAAGAGAGAAAGAGAGAGAGAGAGAGAUGUAUAUGAAUCUCAUUAAUUUUUUAAGAAAUAUAUGAUAGAAAAAUGUGGACUAGGGAAAUCUUAGUUUUUCCGCAGGGCUACUUUCGCGAGACGCAAUCGAGUAUUUGUGAAAAUGUAUCGAGUAGUUAUUCGAAAUUCGCUUAUCAUUGAUAACGAAUCAAUAGAUCUGGGUAUGGAAUAAGUUAAUAGCAAAUUCGAUUGGACGCACCAGGGCGCACUGGUGCACAUUAAAGAUUAUUGUACAUAACAACAUACACUGAAAAAAAAAUUGUUAACUUGACUUUAAAUCAAAUACGACAUAUUAAAUCUAACAUGACGUAUAUUUGACUUAAAUACUUAAAUAUUUCAAUUUAAAAAAUGGUAAUUAAUUGAACGGUUUAGUCAAGUUAACAAUUUUUUUUUUCAGUAUGAGCACAAAUAAUGAAACAUUAAGAUAAAUAGUAUUAACAAUAUGAGUUAUCAUUAUUCGUAUUGAAGAACAAUAAUAAUAGCUCUUAGUAUUAAUAAUUUUACUUUUUUUAAUUAUAUAUGCCAUUAUAAAUUUGUGUACAACAAUCUUUAUAUGUGCACCAGUGCGCACUAGUGCAUCCAACCAAAUUCGCUCUAAGUGACAUAGUUUCAUUGGUAUUAUCGAUGAGCAAUCGACAUUGAUAUUAAUCAUCCGCCAUUACAUCUUUGAAGAGCGAGAAUUGGUCGAGUCUACAGCUAGAGCGAAAAUUUCGAAAAAACGCAAAUUCAUUGUGUUGUCGCAUCAUAAUAAAUGUUAUGGCAAAUAAAGGAUAUACAUAA